GGCCAUUGAACCCCACAAUCCCCCCCCACAAGAACUAAGGGAGAAGCCGUCCCAAGCCUUACCCCAGGAACGCUCUCUCAUCGCAAUGCAGCUGUUAUGGUUUGGGUUGUCUGGGGCUUGGACAGUCAGUUUUCUUUGGGAAUGAAGUCCCACAUCGAAGCCCCGAACAGCUCUGCUUAAAAGAACCCUGCUACGAUACUCGAUGAUCCAUUGGACGCGCCAAACCCCGAACCUCCGCCUCCACAGCAACCUGCGAACGGCCUGUCACACAUGUCGGACCACGAUGACUCGGCGCGCGACUCGGCGCCGGACCUGCAGAUCCUAGGCGACCAGAUUACGCUCCAGCCGAGCGGAUAUGUUGAGCCACCAAGCUCGGAGGCGAAAGAGGAGGCCUUGAUGAAGCACAUGGCGCGCUUCCGCUCCGAGCCAUUGCAGUUCCUCCGCGAGGUGUCCCUCUACGUGUCCGGCACGGGCUGGCGGGCCUACGACAACGUCAUCGGCCAGCCCAUCUUCUACUCGGGCUUCUCCGAGAACAUGAAGAACGAGGUCACGUCGGCGCCGCUGCUGCAGAGCCGCAUAUCAGAGUUGGUUGCUAUGAGGUUGGGCGUCGAGGAGCGCGAGGGCCUGCUGAACCGGGACGAUAAAGACUUCGAGGCCAAGAGGGCGCAGCGGCGGUCCGUCCUCACCACCAGCCUCCAGCAGGUCGCCGAGAAGCUCACAGACAAGAUGAUCUGCAAGUUCGAGAGCAAGACGUUUAUCCGCGGGGCCUACUAUCUGACGACCCAGCUGCUGCUGCGGGCCUACCACCAGGGGAUCCACGUGUCGAGCGAGGAGGUCCUACGCCUCCGGAAGGUUGCCGAGAAGGCGGCGAGGGAUAAGCACAGCAUAAUAUUCCUGCCUUGCCACCGGUCGCAUGUCGACUACGUCUCCUUGCAGCUGCUCUGCUAUCGCCUGGGCUUGGCUCUCCCCGUCGUCGUUGCCGGAGAUAACCUGAACUUCCCCGUGGUUGGCAGCUUCUUGCAGAACGCAGGUGCCAUGUAUAUCAGAAGGCACUUUGGCGACGAUGCCCUUUACACGGCCUUGGUGCAGGCCUAUAUUGACACCAUGCUCCAGUCCGGGCACAACCUCGAAUGCUUCAUCGAGGGUGGCAGGUCCAGGACCGGGAAGCUGCUACCACCUAAGUUUGGCAUCCUGAGCUUCAUCCUCGACAGCAUAAUGUCUGCCCGUGUUGAAGACGCCAUCAUCUGCCCUGUCAGCAUACAGUAUGACAAGGUCAUCGAGACCGAGGGCUACGUCACCGAGCUCCUCGGCGUCCCCAAGAAGAAGGAGAACUUGGCCGAUUUCCUGACCGGGGGUUCAUCUGUGUUAUCAUUGCGUCUCGGUAGGGUGGACGUGCGAUUUCAUGAACCUUGGAGUCUCAGGGGCUUUAUCGACGAGCAGAUCGCACGGCUCUCCAAAGUCCCAUCCGGCGUCAACAUCGACUGGAAAGACACCGAUAACGCCGUCGUGCGGCAGAAGCUCUUGCGCACGCUCGGGUAUAAGGUGUUGUCCGACAUUAAUGACGUCUCCGUGGUGAUGCCCACGGCCCUGAUCGGCACCGUGCUCCUCACGCUCAGGGGCCGUGGAGUCGGAAGGGCGGAGCUGGUCAGGAGAGUGGAAUGGCUGACCCACCGAAUCCAAGCAAAGGGCGGGAGAGUCGCGCACUUUGGCAAUGCCCCCUUAACCGACGUCAUCGAGCGCGGGCUCGACGUGCUCGGCAAGGAUCUCGUGCGUGUCUUGCAUGAUGUUGCCGAGCCGACUUACUUCGCCGUCGACCGCUUCCAGCUCUCAUUUUACCGCAACAUGACCAUCCACCUCUUCAUCUCGGAGGCCCUCGUCGCCACCGCCUUAUACACCAGGGUUAAGCUCGGGGGUGGAGCCGCAAUCCAAGACAUCUCGUACGAGGACUUGGUCGAGCAGACCCUGUUCCUCUCCUCGCUGUUCCGCGGCGAAUUUAUCUUUUCCGGCGAGGGCCUGACGACCAAUCUCAACAAGACCCUGGCCGGGCUCGAGGCCGAUAACGUGAUCCGCACCCAGAGGGACGACGAGGGCAAGAUCGCGAAGGUCGGCCUGUCAGACGCCGAGAGGGCGGCAGGGAGAGAGAACUACGACUUUUACUGCUUCCUCAUCUGGCCCUUCAUCGAGUCGAGCUGGCUUGCUGCCGUGUCCCUGAUGGGUCUCACGCCGCCUCUCGGCUCCGAGGCCGAUAUCUGGAUCCAGGUUUCCGAGGCACAGAACAGUGCCCAGCUGCUAGGCAAAACCCUCUACCACCAAGGCGACCUCAGCUACUUCGAGGCGGUCAACAAGGAGACGCUGAAGAACUCGUACCAGCGCUUCGAGGAGGAGGGCAUCAUCCAGGUGGUCAAGUCCAAGGACGCGAAGGUGCCGCCGCGCCUGCGCCUGGCGCCCGAGUGGACGCCGGCCCGCGACCCGGCGACGGGCGCCCUGAUGGCGUCGGGCCGGCUGUGGGACUUCACCGAGAAGACGGCGUCGAGCCGCCGCGAGGGCAAGAACCGCCGCGACGGCGCCACCGUCAGCACGCGCGUGCUCGGGCUGACGGAUGCGCUGGGCAGGAGGCUGUUUGACGAGGCGGUGCGGCCGGCGGACGGCAAGGGGAAGGGGAAGGGUGCGGCCGCGCCGCCGAGGCUGAGCUCGGAGGAGGAGAGGAGCUUGCAGAGGGCGGUUAAGGAGGAGAGGAAGAGGCGGAGGUUGGACAAUAGGGCGCACUUGUGAGUGCGAUGUAUUGUGUUAGGGUUUGUAUUAUGGUUUGUCCCCUCGCGGGGAGGGAUGUACAUCUACAAUACACUUGAGCGGGAUACCAAAUUUAGCACGAUUGACUAUG